AUGAGCCACUGGAUCGUCACUCUCCUUGCCUUCGUCUUUGUUGCCGGCGCGUUCGCCGCCCUCUCCACUGGAGGACUCGAUUCGGAGGCAUCGGCUGACGUCGCCUCGUACGUCAUGCCGUUCUACGGCAUGGAGAAGAAAUGGUCUCGCCGCGAGCCAAGCAUCAGGUAAUCAAACAUGCCUAUGCCCACGCAGAGACCCAUUGUGACGUUUCCAGGUUCUUCAAGCGCAACGGAGGCGGAAGCGGACAGGACCUCCCGCUUUCCAGAUUCUGGUGGGACAACUGA